AUGAAGAUUGUUCAGAAUCUAGCGGGCUUCCCUCGCUUGCUGCUGGCUGGCAAUCCUUCGAAAGUCGACCUGGGCAUGUUGUUGGUCGCGAUCGCGAGUGCAAUAGCAUCGGGUGUCCCAUUUCCGAUGAUUGGUAUCGUGUUCGGCCAGCUUCUCGACGAUUUUAACUCGGCGACAUGUAGUAAUGAAUCCGAUACGUCCGGCUCCGAUUCCGAUUCCGAUUACCAAGGAGGCAUCGACGACAAGAUCCUGCUCAUUGUCUACCUGGCAAUUGCCCAAUUCGUUUUAAUCUACAUUCACCUUACAUUUUGGACGCUGAACGGCGCUCGACUGGCGCAGCGACUGCGAGAAAACUACCUGCAGAACCUACUUCGCCAAGAGCCGUCAUACUUCGAUGACCUUCCACCGGGAGAGGUAGCCUCGCGACUGAAUAACGACAUCCAAACAAUCCGCUCGGGUACUUCAGAGAAGGUAGGAAUAUGCCUUGCAAGCUUUUCCUUUUUUGCCACUGCGUACAUUGUUGCGUUCAUCAAAGAUACCAAGCUUGCGGGAAUGCUUGUUUCGUUGAUUCCAGCCUAUUUCUUGAUGUCAUUUGUGGGAAGCCACUAUAUCGAAAAGUAUUCUGGUGUUAUGUCAAAUUAUGCUGCCUCUGCUGCUUCUAUUGCUUCUGAAGCGCUUUCAAAUUUCGUCGUUGUACAGGCCUUUGGGGCAAACGACCGCUUGGAGGAGAAAUUCUCCAAAGCUCUCAAGUCUUCAGAACAUGAGGGGUUGAAGAAGGCUACGGCGGUUGGCAUACAAUCCGGAGUUCUGUAUUUCAUUGCUUAUGGUGCAAACGGGUUGGCAUUUUGGGAAGGAAGCAGACAGAUUGCUCGUUCCAUUAGCGGUGAUGGAUCCAGUGGAAUCACUGUUGGUGCUACAUUCACGGUCAUCUUUAUCUUGGUCGAAGCGACUUUGCUGCUGAGCCAGGUUGCACCAUUCCUACACUUAUUCGUACAAGCCGUCGCCUCAUUUGAGAAGUUGCGUGGAGACAUCGACCGCGAACCGCUGAUCGAUGGAACUGCACCUUCGGGUGUCCGUCUUCCACAGGCUGAAGGCGGCUUCGAGUUCAAUCAGGUUUCGUUCACCUACCCCUCAAGGCCCGAGAUUACCGUCCUCGACAAGGUUACUCUCAGCAUACCGGCCAACAAACAUACUGCCAUCGUCGGUCUUUCGGGAAGUGGCAAGUCAACUAUUGCUGGUUUGGUCACAAGAUUGUAUGAUCCUACGGAGGGCCAUAUCCUCUUCGAUGGUCACGAUCUUCGUAAUGUCAAUACCCGUGAUCUGAGAAGCUUCCUCAGUCUAGUGCAGCAGGAGCCAUCCCUACUCGAUCGUUCCCUUUUGGAGAAUAUCGCACAUGGCUUGGUUAAUUCGAGCAAUGCUAACUAUGCGCCUUUGAAAACUGCUCUCCACAGCCCCGAGCUUGCCGAUAUAGCGCGAGAGGCUAGAGAGGGAAAUGAUUUGAUGGGUGCAGCAGAGCAGAAGGGCCCAGAAUUCGUCGAAAUUGUCAAAUUGGUCCAGAAAGCAGCAGAACUCGCAGAUGCGGCUGGUUUCAUCACAGCAUUGAAGCAUGGAUAUGGUACUAUCGUGGGUUCAAGUGGGAGGCUAAUUAGUGGUGGUCAAAAGCAACGCAUAGCCCUUGCUAGGGCCCUUGUUAAGGACCCCGCGGUAUUAAUUUUGGAUGAAGCUACAGCUUCAUUGGAUUCACGAAGCGAACAGCGUAUCCAGCGCGCCAUCUCAAAUAUUGCUAGCGGAAGAACUAUGGUUACAAUUGCCCACCGUCUGUCGACAAUUACCAACGCAGACAAUAUUAUCGUUAUGCACAAGGGACAUAUCGUGGAGGAGGGAGACCAUUCAACAUUGAUGGCGAAGAACGGAGCAUAUGCUGAUCUAGUCAAACUGCAAACUCUCGGAUCUACCCUCGACAAGAACGAAUCAACGGUCAGUGUUGAUAGUAUUAGCAAGACCACGCAGGUCUCUUCAACCGAUGAUGACUUAGAGAAGGACAGUCUGGCAGACAUCGACGAGAAGAAGCCCACAACGAGUGGAACCCCGGUUACCGACUCUGUAGAGGAGUCGGAAGACCCUGAGACACCGACCAAAUCACUAUGGGCUCUUAUACGGGGUUACGCACCCGCCGUGAGGCCACAUCUGCUCAUCAUCGCCUUUGCUCUUCUUGGUUCCACUAUUGUUGGAGGAGCUUUUUCUGGUGAAGCCGUGAUUUUCGGAAAGACAGUUGGGAGUCUGAACCCAUGUAACAGUCCGGAAGACAUCCGAAAUAAGGGCGAGUUCUUCGGACUCAUGUUUUUCGUACUCGCGAUCAUCGAGUUCUUUGGGAACAUAGCUAGUUGGACCGGAUUUGGGUGGGUUUCUGAGAAAGUUGUCUACACAGUCCGCGUUCUAUCUUUCCGAUCGCUGAUGGAGCAAGACCUCCAAUGGCAUCAAUCCAAGGGUCGAACACCUCCUCUACUCCUUUCGUACAUAACCAGAGAUGGCAACGCCUUGGCUGGGCUGAGUGGUUCUGUGAUUGGAACUCUGUUUUCAAUUACAGUCAAUCUCAUCGCUGCCAUCAUUAUGACCCACAUCGUUGCCUGGAGAAUCGCUUUGGUUUGCCUGGCUCUAGUUCCACUUCUGCUUGGAGCUGGUAUUAUGGAGCUUCUAGUACUUGGAAAGUUUGAAGAGCGUCACGAAAAUGCUUAUACCAAAUCAGUCGACAUUGGUGUUGAAGCAAUUACAUCCAUCAAAACGAUUGCGUCCCUUUCUCUAGAGGACGAAACGCUAGGAACCUACCGGCGGUCUUUGAAGGGUCCACGCAAGGAGACCCUUUCGGUCACGCUCCAAGCAAGUUUCUGGCAAGCGAUGACUUACUUCUUGGGUAAUCUUGUGAACGCUUUGGCCUAUUGGUGGGGUUCCAAACAAAUCCUAGCGGGCAACUAUGACCAGACGCAGUUCUUGAUCGUGGUAUUCUCCCUUCUUGUCAGUGCAUUGCUAUGGAGUCAAAUGUUUGCCCUCGCGCCAGAGCUUUCAAAUGCCCGAGCUGCGAUGGCCAGAUUACUGGGCCUUAUCGAGGUAGGGUCAGACAAAAUGCAGGGACACGUACACAGUCGUUCUCUCACUGCGCCGCCGCCAUCAGAAGACGCCGAGGCAGCUAUUGAAGCAAAGACGUCUCAUAACACGUCAGACAACAAGGCGUCCAGCGUCCAGCUCCGUGACAUCCACUUCUCGUAUCCUGCCCGACCGGACAUCAAGGUUCUAAAUGGCCUAACAAUUGAUAUCAAACCGGGCAAAUUCUGCGCGCUCGUUGGCCCUAGUGGUGCCGGAAAGUCGACAAUCAUCUCCCUAGUCGAGCGCCUCUAUACGCCAGAGUCAGGCUCUAUUCUCAUCGACGGCAACGACAUCACAAAGCACCGAGACGUCACCUUCCGCAGCUCAAUCUCUCUCGUUCCCCAAGAAAGCGUUCUCUUCGAAGGUACAAUCAAAUUCAACAUUGGCCUCGGCGCAAAGCCUGGCCAUGAAGUUUCUAUGGCCGAUAUUGAAGAAGCCUGCAAGCUAGCCAAUAUCCAUGACACCAUCGAAGCCCUCCCGGACGGUUAUGAGACCCUCUGUGGUCCCAACGGGAGCCAGUUCUCUGGUGGGCAGAAACAACGACUUUCCAUUGCCAGAGCUCUUGUCCGGAAGCCGAAGGUAUUGAUUCUUGACGAGUCAACUAGCGCGCUUGAUGCAGAGUCUGAGAAGCUACUGCAGGAGGGGCUUGAGAGGGCUGCGAGGGGUAUCACAGUCAUUGCUAUUGCGCAUCGCUUGCAUACGAUCAAGAAGGCUGAUGUCAUUUUCUUGAUUGAGGCCGGUCGGUGUGUUGAGUACGGAACGCACGAUGAGCUGUUGGCCAGUUCGGAGAGCUAUAGGGCCAACGUUAUGCAUCAAACGGUGGCGACCUGA